AUGGCGAAAGGGUCAUCGAUAUGGACAGAGCAGCUCGUAUCGCUGCUUGGACUCGACAACGAGACGGUGCGCACGCAGAUCCUGCCGUUCCUCGACUCGUUUGAUACGGAGCCGGCGCUGCGGUCGCACCUGCAAGGCCUGGUGGGCGACGACUCGCCACUCGCACGCUCGUUUGUGCGCGACUUUACACGAUCUCGCUUCCCACAACAGGCAUCUUCGGGAUCGUCCACUCCCACACUACCUGCAACCGCUGCUCCGACGUCGAGCGGUGCACCGAGGAAGCGCGGCAAGAAGACGCUCGCUGAGCGCGCUGGACUGGGCCAGACGCUCGAGCCACGCAAGGUGCAGGAUGCAGGGCUGAACGAGGAGGAGCAGAUGGCGAAGCUCGCCGAAGCGUUCGGAGGUAUGGGCACCGUGUAUCGCAAGAAGCACGACGACGAGGACUUCUUUGCAGGAACGGGCAAGGGCAAGAAGCGUGGUCAGCCGACAGCGAAGGCAGAUGCAGCGCACGAGCCAGGUCCUGCAACUCAACCGGACACUUCGGCGUCUGCUGUGAUCGAUGCGACACCGUCAAACGAUGCGAUACACGCUACAACAGCGGUGGACGAGGAGACGUCGGCAGCGGUGCACAGGUCGCAGCCCGCGCCUCCACCGACGGCGGCGAUGGCAGCCAUUGACGCGGUGGUGGAGGAGCUCACGCUGAACCCACCUUCGCUGCCAGACGCUGGCUCUGACGAGGUGGUGCGCAAGAUGUGUUUCUGCCAAGGGCGCAAGCACGCCCUAGCUCCGCAUGCGCCGCUGUGCUAUGCGUGCGGGCUGGUGCUAUGUUCUGCGAUCCUACCGUCCCCGCUGAGUCCGGCAUCGCGCUGUCCUUCGUGCAGCGCAUCUCCGCUGCUGUCGGAAGCGGCACGCUUGGAUCUGGUUGCCAAGCUGACUGCGGAGCGCGAGGUGCUGUUCGAGCAGCAGCUGCUGCAGAUUGCGCUGCAACGCGAACAGAAGAAGCUCAACAAGACCGCGGCGCGCUCUGCCCGCGAGCAGGAGGCUGCGCUCUUCCCCAAGCUCGGCGACCAACCCGUCGCAGCCGCAUCGGCCUCCAGCACAGCACCCGUGAUCGGCAAGCACGGAUCGCUGCAAAAGGCGCGCGCGAUCGCAGGCGAGGCCGACCGCACAGCCAAGGUGCUCAGCCUCGACAUGAAGACGCACAAGCUCAAGACGCACACCAAGCUACCUAAGCCUAAGGUGGCUUCGGUGGCAGAGACCAAGGUGGUGGAGGCCAAGAUGGAGGAGGAGCAGGACCCGUUCGUGGGGGUGGAUGGUGCACCGCUCGUGCGCAACGAAAAGGACGACGGCAUGCACGCCCCGCCACGUCGGCGCAGGGUAUCGUCGAACGAUGUGGGCAGGCGAAUCCCACCGAGGGCGUGGGUGUUGGCGGGUGAAAGCGUAAGGCUGCGACCCACGCCUUCUGUCAAGUAG